AUGUGUGUUAUCGACGCAAAGUCCGUUGCGACCUCGAUCAAGGUCCGCCGUGUGUUGCAUGCCGCCACGCCGGCCUUGAGUGCAGAGCAGCACAAAGUGAAAAGGAGACAGAAGAAGCGACAUCAUUCAGGAAGGUCAAUAGACAGCCCGAUAGCUGCCUCGAGUGCAUCAAGAGGGACAUUGGAACCUCAGAGUCCACAUGGCAAAAUUGCUCCACAGCGGCUUGACUAUGGUGACUUCUCUAUCACGGAGGGAAGGGAUCGAGAUCAAUCACUAAGACUGGACGUCCCGGUUGAGGGCGACGUGUUCGAAGACACACUGGCAAAAACUGCCCUUUCCCGCUUCUUCCACCAGAUCAAUAUGUCAAACUGGGAGGUCUUCCGCGACAAAGGUUACACUCGCAUAGCUUACAUUGGGACUUCGGUAUCCAAUCUCGCGAAACUGGUAGAGGAGGAAGGCUUCAACACUUCUCUCCAUCUCCCUUUCCCAUCGGUGCGACCUACCCUGCCGUGGAAGCCGGCUCCAAAAAUGCCGCUGAUUCAAUGGUAUUCAACCUCGUUCGUUGACGACAUCAGCGCUUUGCCUGCCCAUGAGGUAAGAGACGAACUCGUGGAAUCUUUCUUCAACAAAAUCCAUCCUGGAUUUCCCAUCGUUGAUGAGUGGGAAUUUCGAAGCCAAUACAAUAGUACGGACAAUCCUCCACCGCUCUUGUUGUUCCAGGCCAUUCUUCUUGCCGGAGCUCAUGUGAGUGAGCAUCCCAAUAUUGUCUCCAGGAGAUCCCAGGUCAAAAAGGUGAUCUUCCGGAGAGCCAAGGCAUUAUUCGACUUGCACUAUGAGAACGAUCGCAUGCAUGCCGUGCAAGCAGCUUUGCUUUUCAUGUUCUAUCUUGAGGGAGCGGACGACAUUUGCUCAAACGUAUACUAUUGGGCUGGUGUCGCCUGUCGUAUCGCAUUUGGGUUGGGAAUGCAUCGUGAUCUGUCCACUGAUCUCCCAAUAUUGAUGCCCAAGGAAGAUCGAAGGAUCUAUCGAAGAAUUUGGUGGACAUUAUUUCAAGUCGAGAUAUUGUCAAGUCUGCAUCAUGGAAGACCAUCCAUGAUAGACUUAGAUGAGGUUGACCAAUCCCCAUUACGAAGGGACGACCUUAUUGAACAAAAUGGUCAGGUUAAUGAGAAGGUCGAUAUUGACUAUUGCAUCCAAAACAUCGAGCUUUGCAACAUAAUUGUUUCCAUCAUCAAAUUGUCAAGUCCUGGUGCAGUCCGGAGAUAUUCUGCUGCUCCGGAACUAUUUCAUGUCUCACAAGAGAACGUCGAUCAGAGGCUUGUCUCGUGGUAUCUGGGCCUCCCUGCAGCUUUGAUAGAGCCGGUAGACAGCUCAAAAAACAAUGCAUUCUGGGCGUGGCAGCUUCAACUUCAUUACAACCUGGCGCUACUACAUCUUCAUCGAUUACCAGGAGAGUUAUUCCCCCGUGCUGAUUCUGUCCAACAGCACAAUUCUGAUGAUACCUGCCAGACAGCUGCAACGGCCAUCUCAAAGCUUUUUGAUGACAUAAUAUCAGCGCAGAUGAUAUCUCGGUGCUGGUUCACAGCUCUGACCUCCUUGCUGGCGGCCGCCAUUCAAUUUGGGCACGAGGCACGAAUAGCCGCAAGAACCAGAGCAGCUGUUCUGGCCAUCCAGGCCCAAACGCGCCUGCAACGUCUACUACCGGUGAUCUCAAAAGUGUCAGCGUACUGGCCUAGUGCAGAAGCUAUUCUGCAUGUAUACAAAGACUUGCUUGUACAGUUCAAACGACAAUCACAGGCAUCGUCGAGCAUGGGCCAUAUGCCUGUGAGCCGACCAAACAGCAAUCAGAUUGAGCAAAGGAGCACCGAUGAUGCCGAUCCCAGUGUUAUGUGGGUUGGCGAUAAUGUCAGUCUGGGAAGUGUAGGGGUAUCUGGCACUGAUUGGCAAGCUUUGUUCGGAGCUGGAUCACCUCAUCGCUUUCCGGAGCUCGACUUCGACGGUGUGAAUGAAUGGCUGUAUCCCACUUGA